UUUUAUACCAAUUUGUAAUGUUGAAUUUCAUGGAUUAUUCUCUUCUAAUGAUCCUGUAAAUCUUUCUGCAAUUUAAAGUUUCUUUUUUAUGCAUUGCUAAUUUUCAAGAUUCGCUGUAAGAAGCAGCAGCAUUUGAAUAUAUUUUCAAUUAAUAAUCACUUUCCAAUUUCAAACGGCUUGUCGAGGCCGUAUAAUUAUGGAUUUAUAUGGCAAGAGUGUCUCAACUACCAGCAGCAGCAGAAAGCCAUCGAAUGGAACCGCAGUCGUAGUCACCCCCGCAAUAAGCAGCAGCAACAUUGUCGUCGUCGCCAGCAGCAGCAGCAUCAUUAUCACUAGCAACACAACAGCAACAACAACAUCAUCAACAAUUGAUUCUAUCGUCUAUCAACCAACAACUGCAUCAGCAAUACAGAAGCAGCUUGGAAACUGCAUUUCUUCUACCUCCAUAUCCACCUCCACUACAGCCUCUAUACCCGCCUCUUCUUCAAAUUUCUCCUCCUCCUCCUACUCCUCCUCUACGGACAUGUGUUCUUGUGAUAAUCAAAAUGUAGCAACAUCGUCUUCUGCUUUAUGUACCUCCAAUAAACGUAAACGGCGACUAACUACCGAUUCAAAUGAUGAUACUAAGGAUCCCGAACUCGGUUUCGAGCCACCAUCGGCCAAGCGUCAACAACGUCUCUAUGGCAGCGAUCAGAGCAAUCUCUCAUCGGUGGCCUCAUCGGUGUACACAUCGCCUGUGGUGUCUGCCGAUGCCCAAAAUACCCAAGAAUUGCUUAGUAUACGCAGUUCACCAGCUGAGGAAUUACCCGAAUCUUCGCACAGUCCCUUGCCCGACAGUCCAGACAGUCCGCCAAGUCCAGAUCGUGGUGGCUCAAAGUUAUCGCCUGUUGUAGUUCGCUAUGCUAAAGAUCAAGUGACCAGCAGUAGCAGCACAUUAGCUGCUGAGUCCGAUGAGCAUGAACAUGAUGAGGAUGAAGAGGAUGAUGUGCUGGACGAUAGUUGCGAGGAUUACUCUCUCGAUGAGGAAGAAGACGAUGACGAUGAGGAGAUCCACUCGUCAACAGUGUCGCCAGUCUCAAGUAAUGAUGAACGUACGCCGGCUCCUCAGCAGCAGCAACCACAGGGCAGCAGUUCGUCGUCAACUGUUCCCAAUGUUAAGACUAUGGAUGCUUAUUUGUCAUACAAUCGGCAAAAUAGAACCUCUAUACCCGAAGUGAAAACUGUGAAGCUUGAGGAUUAUGUGUCAUUUAAUCAAUGCAUGUCACCCGCCCAAGAGACUACAGUUCGGCAAUGUCCAUUGCCCGCUCUUUCGUGGGCCAAUGCAGCUGAUGUAUGGAAGCUAAUGUGCCAGCGGGAUGAACAGGACUCUCAUCUGCGAAGCAUUACCAUGUUGGAGCCACAUCCGGGCCUGCAGCCACGUAUGCGAGCCAUUCUACUUGACUGGUUGAUUGAAGUCUGCGAAGUGUACAAACUACAUCGGGAAACAUUCUACUUGGCUGUAGACUAUCUGGAUCGUUAUCUGCACAAGGCCAGAAAAGUCCAGAAGACGCAUCUCCAGCUGAUAGGCAUUACCUGUUUGUUUGUGGCCGCCAAAGUUGAAGAGAUUUAUCCGCCGAAAAUUGGUGAAUUUGCCUAUGUCACUGAUGGGGCCUGCACCGAGAAGGAUAUUCUGGAGUACGAGAAGUACCUGCUGCAGGCUCUAGAUUGGGAGAUAAGUCCCAUUACAGUCACCGGAUGGCUCGGUGUCUAUAUGCAAUUGAAUGUGAACAAUCGUACACCGGCAUCCUUCUCACAGAUUGGCAAGCAGGCUGCAAAUGAUGGGGGCGUAGCAGCAGGAAUUUCCUCUGAUGAUGCCUUCAUUUAUCCACAAUUCUCGGGCUAUGAAUUUGUGCAGACCUCGCAGCUAUUGGAUCUAUGCACUCUCGAUGUGGGUAUGGCAAAUUAUCCAUAUUCAGUCCUGGCUGCGGCAGCUAUUAGUCAUACAUUCAAUCGGGAAACUGCUUUGCGUUGUUCUGGUCUCGAUUGGCAGGUGAUACAACCUUGUGCCCUCUGGAUGGAGCCCUUCUUUAGGGUGAUAUCGAAAAAGGCCCCCUUCCUCCAGCUAAAUGAGCAGAACGAACAAGUGAGCAAUAAGUUUAGCUUGGCCCAUGUGUGCCCCAAUAUAGUCACCGAUGAUUCUCAUAUCAUUCAAACGCAUACGACCACCAUGGAUAUGUAUGACGAAUUACUUAUGGCUCAGGAUGCAUUGCAUGCCAUUCGAGCUCGUACUCAGGCCUCACCUGCCACGGCGCUGCGCGCUCCUGAUAAUUUGCUAACGCCGCCCGCCUCUAGUCACAAGCCAGAUGAAUAUCUGGGCGAUGAGGAUGGUGAAUUGGUGACUGGGCCAAGCAACAGCAGCAGUUCAAAUCGCGUGGCAAAUCGCGAGAAUGUUGCCCUGACUGGCAGUGGAAACUGAGCAAUAGCUUCCACCAUAUUGUCGUCGUCGUCGUUGUCGUCGUCAUUGUUGUCACUUUCUCCCCGCCCAAACAGUUUUUAAAGUUUAAGUGUUUCUUCUAUAUAUAUAUACAUAUAAAUUAUUUUUGUGAAAAGUUAAUUAGUUUCUUAAAAAAUAAGUUAAUUUUUUCUUUUGAAAA